AUGGGCUUCCCUGGCUCUGUCCGGCUGGACAGCAUCUACGAGCUGCUGUCAAGCUUACUACCGGUUUUCUCCUGGAAGACGUUGGCGUUGGUGCUGGCGCUCAUCAAUUUGAAAAACCUCCCUUUUGUCUGGCAUUUACGUAUCUUGCACCACCUCGUCUCGAAUAUCCGCUGGAAGCCUGAGUACCCCCAUUUUCCUAAAGGACACCCCAUCGUCAGCCAUACCGGCAAACCCACUCACCCAGUCUUCGUUCCCUAUGGCAUUACCUCUCGCGCUCCGAUUCUAGAGACCGACUACAACUUCCACAAGUCCAACAGCACCUACUUCUCUGACCUGGACGUCGCGCGAACCGCACUCGCUACCCGUCUCUACUCCCCGGGAUCCUCUAUUGUGAGUAAGGAGCUGGACGCAGAGUUUCUUGCCGCAAGUCGUAGGGAAGGGAAGCCGGCACCCCCUCGCAAGUCCAUAUACAUCGCCCUGGGCUCCGUGUACUGCGCCUUCAAACGCGAAAUCAAGCCUUUCGAGCGAUAUGAGAUCGAGUCCAAACUCAUCGCCUGGGACCAGAAAUGGAUGUACAUUCUUACCUUUUUCUUGCGUCCCGCACCGCGCAAGGGUGGCAAGCGUACCCUCUUCGCUACGGCGCUGAGUAAAUACGUGAUCAAGAAAGGUCGGCUUACGGUGCCGCCGGAGCGGGUCAUGCGCGCCAGUGGCUUCCUCCCGCCGCGUCCGGAGGGCUCCGAUGCGGCGACGUCGACGGAGAUGCCUGGAACUUCGGGGGCGGGAACCCCAGCGAGCGAGGGUAUCACAGCCAUGGCGUCCGUGGAUGGAUCGUUGGUGCGGGAGGUGCUGAAGCUCGAGGACGAGUCAACGGCACGAGAUACACUGGAGGCGGAACGGAAGGCCAAUGCCGACUCGUGGGACGCAACAGAGUGGCCUUGGGAACGGAUUGAGCAGGAGAGACUGCGUGGGCUGAAGGUGGUGGAGGGGUAUGCGAGCAUGGAUGCGAUACUCCUUGAUGAAUGGGAGCAGUGA